UCCUGCUGCCCCGCAGCGGCUCUCGGGGCGGGCGGCGCCUGGUCAGCCGGGACCGGGGGGGCGGGGAGGGCGCUUUGGGCCCCGUCCCGCGGCGCGGCCGGACCCGAGGCCGCGGCUUGCUGCGGUGAUCGGAGAAAUAGUUAUUAUUACGGAACGCGGAAUAUCUUGAUUUAAACUAAAGCAGAGAUCAGAACAAGGAGGCUGCAGCCGAUUAUCAAAAUGCAGUAUUCCCAUCACUGUGAGCACCUUUUAGAGAGACUGAACAAGCAGCGAGAAGUUGGCUUUCUUUGUGACUGCACUGUUAUUAUUGGUGAAUUCCAGUUCAAAGCACACAGAAAUGUGCUUGCCUCUUUCAGCGAGUACUUUGGUGCAUUUUACAGAGAUGCGUCUGACAAUAACGUUGUUUUGGAUCAGACUCAAGUGAAACCUGAUGGAUUCCAAAAACUCUUGGAAUUUAUUUAUACAGGAAACUUAAACCUUGACAGCUGGAACGUUAAAGAGAUUCACCAGGCUGCCGACUAUCUUAAGGUAGAAGAAGUGGUCACGAAAUGCAAAAUAAAGAUGGAAGACUUUGCUUUUAUUGCUAAUCCCUCUUCUACAGAGACAUCCAGUAUCACUGGGAACGUUGAAAUGAAUCAGCAGACUUGUCUUCUGACUCUUCGAGAUUACAACAAUCGAGAGAAAGCAGAUGCUGCUUCUGCAGGGUUGGUUCAACCACAGGCAAAGAAAGCAGCUUUAGAAAAGCAAUCUCCUCAAACCAAAAAGCGAAAGAAGAAUUUCAGCUCCCCCAAAAGUUUACAGAAUAAAUCUGUACAAUAUCAGAAUGAGGUGACGGAGCACACAUCCAUUGAAAUGUUUUUAGAUGCAAAUAAGCUGGCUACCCAGUUAACGGAACAGGCUGCCCGAGGCAGCGAUAACUCUGAACUACGGCUGGUGUCUGUGGUGGAAAGCGAAACACUGGCUGCGCAGGAUAUCCUAGUUCAGACUAUUGCAGUGAAACAGAAACAAGGAAAGCCUCAGCAGAGCUGGGCACUGAAGGAGCACUGCAUGUCUAACAUAGCCAGCACCAAGAGCACUUACCCGUUGGAGUGUUCAGGGGAAGAGCUUGACCAGAAGUACUCCAAAGCUAAGCCAGUGUGCAACACAUGUGGAAAAGUUUUCUCAGAAGCUAGUAGCCUCCGCCGACACAUGAGAAUACACAAAGGUGUGAAACCAUAUGUGUGUCAGCUUUGUGGGAAGGCGUUCACCCAGUGCAAUCAGCUGAAAACACAUGUAAGAACUCACACAGGGGAGAAGCCAUACAAAUGUGAAUUGUGUGACAAAGGCUUUGCUCAGAAGUGCCAGUUAGUGUUCCACAGUCGGAUGCAUCAUGGAGAGGAGAAACCCUACAAAUGUGAUGUCUGCAAUCUGCAGUUCGCAACGUCAAGCAAUCUGAAGAUUCAUGCCCGGAAGCACAGUGGGGAGAAGCCCUAUGUCUGUGAUCGCUGUGGGCAGCGGUUUGCUCAGGCCAGCACACUCACCUACCAUGUGCGUCGCCACACUGGGGAGAAACCUUACGUCUGUGACAGCUGUGGGAAAGCCUUUGCCGUCUCCAGUUCUCUCAUUACCCAUUCCCGAAAACACACAGGAGAAAAGCCAUAUAUCUGUGGCAUUUGUGAAAAGAGUUUUAUUUCCUCUGGAGAGCUCAAUAAACAUUUUCGGUCCCAUACAGGUGAAAGACCAUUUAUCUGUGAAAUGUGUGGAAAUUCGUACACAGAUAUAAAAAAUCUUAAGAAGCACAAAAUGAAAGUUCACACAGGAUCUGAAACUCCACCUGACUCCAUUGCACUUGAUAACUCUUUCAAUGAACAAGAAUCCAUUCACAAUCAGAGAAGUCCUUUAUCGGAGUCCAUAGAUGUGAAACCCUCUGAGAUGUCUUUAGCACUUCCUCUUCCCAUUGGGACUGAAGACCAUCAGAUGCUGCUUCCUGUGACGGGUAGUCAGUCUCCUUCAUCAGAAACGUUGCUAAGAUCUGCUGUGACUGGAUAUUCAGAACCUCAGUUUAUUUUCUUGCAGCAGUUAUACUGACAGUGAAGUACAGAGCCACGAAGGUAAUUUGGGAGUGACCUUGCCUGCCUCUGGGAAGGUGAACAUAAGCAAGCAAGCACUCAUACUUUCUGAACGGGACUUGGUUUUGUUUUUUUUUCCUCUGUGUAAAGACACUUGUAAGGCAUUUCCAUUGUACAGUGCUGUCUUUCAGGUUUUGUUGAGUUGUGUUAAUCUACAAUCAGAUUUCUAUUUGCAAUUAACACUGAUUUCCAGGAGUCGAAUCCGUUCCAGCAACACUUGCCUUAAGAAUUCUCUGUUAAAUAUGUUAAUGUGUUUUGGACAUCUCCUCCCAUGUUCCUGCUGAUCUGUGUCACAGUGUCACUUGAAAGCAGACAUUUUAAGCCAUAUUUGAUAGUUUAAGAAUAUUAACCCAGAGGUGUAAGGGGAAAAUCAUUAUUUGAAUGUACUAACAAGCUUGUACUCCUGCAUUCCAAGGUGAUGUAAUGGUACGUGAUGGAAGGUAGGCCAGUGCUCUGGCGAGGUGCUUGCAAAGAAAGAGUUGCUGCUGUCUGCCAGAAGUAGCCAUCAUCAGUUGAAGUCUGACCAGAGGGAAAGAAAGUUUUGUGUAUAUUUUCCUGACGAGGCAAGUAAAGGAGGGUUGACUUUUUUUCUGCCGUAUGGUAAGUCAGAGAGUUCUAAUGGCAUAGAUACCACUGAGUCUUCUUUCCAACAAGUCACUGUUUCUUUUCUUUCUUAGAUUUGGGGUUUUUUUUUAAGUAAAUCCAGCAUCCUUGUAUCUUAUCCCAGAUAUACUUUUCACACCCUAAAAUGCCCUAGUUUGGCACAAACAGCAACACUUGCUCAAAAGGAGAGCUGGAACAUGCCUGUUGUAGGUGAGACGAAAAGGUGCGUUGUCUUAAUUGUGAGGCGUGAAUCAUAGCUUUGUAAUCCUUUUUUUACAGUAGUGCUGUUUCUUGUGCUAGAUUGGAGAUACAAAAGAGAAAAUAAAACCUGCCCUUCAUUGUGAAAAUAAUAAGUGAAUGUUAUGAGUGGGCAUUAAGGAAGAGUACAGCAGAACAGUUGAAUUCUUACAGGCAAGAGUUACUUUUCUUAGAGCCUGAUUUGGUUUAAUUGAAGUAUUUAUGUAUUGCUUUACCUCUCGUGUCGCUUGUCCACAGUAACUGCACACUGCUGCUGUUUAGCAAGACUCGUGCAAAGGUGCAUUUUAUUACUAGCAAGGUAAAUUUUAAAAAAAUGAACAUUUUUAGCAUCUCGAUAGGGUCAUUUGUUAAAGAUCAGUUGACAGAGGGAGUACUUAUGCUCUGUUUUGCCAUUAAUAUAAUGUCAGCGUUAUUUAAGUAAUCAUCAAAUAGUAAGGAAACAGUCAUCUUAGUGUAUCAACAAUGCACUUAAAUCUAUUAUUUACUGGUUGGUUAUUUACUUGGUGCUAGCAUUUUAUUUCCACUGAUGCCUUGUGUUCAGACACUGCUAAAUAGAAGAGCGUAAGAGAUACCUCUUAAGUGAUUCUCUUCUACAUGGAGUAAUAAUUAAUCUGCACCUUAAUUAAACAGAGUUAUGAAAAAUUUCUCAGAGGAUUUCAUUGAACUGUUCUGCAAACAGUCCCUCAACUCCUAAGCAUGACUACAGAUGUUUAUUUUCCUCUUCCUACAUGUUUGUACUUACAAAGUAUUAGACCUUUUGCUUCUUUGUGUUGAUUGUCUUAGUAUGUGGCAUGUUUAAAAGUCUGCUUCUUGACCAUGUUUUAGGCUUUUAUAUAUAUGACCAACUUGCUAAUAAAGCCUAUCAGUGGCAGCAAGGAGUACAACAGUGUUCACCAGAAACAUUGGUCAUGCAGGCAUCUCUAACUCGUUGUUAAUAAUCAUUAUUGCUGUACUUGUCUGACCUUUUAUUUUCUGCGCUCAUUUGUACCACAACAUUUAUGAACAGCUGAUGUCUCUCAUAGCGCUGGCGAGGGACAAUGGUUGAAGUUCUUUGGGUUAUUUUCUGUUUGUUUGGCAUUUCCCCAAUUUUUUCCCCCCGUUUCUUUUUUAGCUUCUGUAGUUGAUGUAGCACUUGAUGGAUUCCUUAGCUUUGCUGUUUUAGACUGAAGAACCACAGAGAUCAAGAUCUUGACUGUGUUAAAAAAAAAAAAAGUGAAUGCUGUGUAGCUUGUCCUGAGUUUCCUCUUUACUUUCUCUGAAAAUAGAACAGAAGUCUUGGGACAGACAUAGGCUUUGUCAUGGAUACCGAAAAAGAGCAGUACCAUACAACUGAUAAGUUUCCUAUUUAAACAGCUUUGGAAGAUAAGCUGCUGAUGGGCUGCUGUUCUCUGAGGAAAAGUAUCUGAAGAUUAACACAUCCAGGAUAAACGACCACAAGAGAGAACUAGCUCUGGGGGGGAAAAAAAAGUAACAUUCCUACACAGAAAAUGCAUUCCAUAACAAUGUUUGUUUGGACUGUUUUUAUAUUUCUAAAGUUAAAGCUUAUUUCUGUAUUCUUAGAUUUCAGACUUUUUUAAAAAAUACAGCACUUAGAUUUAUACAGGAUUUGUUUAGAUACUUGUACCAGUAACACCUGCUUUAUUAGUCAUUUAGUUUUCUUUCUAGGCAAGAAGAUAAUCAUUAUUUUUUACAAGACAAUGAUUUUAACGUUUCUUAAUAGAAUACACAGGCUUGUAGUUUUGUCUUGGAGCAAUAAUUCAGUGACCUGCACUCUUGAGUCCCCAUCUGAGAAUGUUUCAUGACUAUCCUCAUCUUUUGUGAAGAUAUCUCAGCUGCUGAGGUAUGAGCUUUAUGAACUGUAUUCAUUUACUAGAAUAUAGGUUUUUUAUAUAUAUAUAAAAUAAAUAAAUAUUAGGAGUGUUCAGGCUGGGUGCUGUAGGACCUGAAGAAGCAGGUCUGUACUCUACCUUUUGCCAAUAGAUGCAUGGAAAUCAGCUGCACAUCUUGGGUUAAAGAUUCCCAGUUUGUUUUGGAGGUACGAGGUUUGUAACAGUAUUGAUAAUUUCUGUGAGGGAUUAAUAUGGGAAAACAUGGAAUCUUUUUAGGCAGAUGGCUUGAGACCUGUCUGCAAAAGAAAGAGGGCAUUUCAAUAAUUCUGUUAACAGGAAUUUAGAGAAAACACAUGAUUCGUCACACUGUUGUAUCAGGACUGAUUCAGACAAUUUUGUGAUGAAGUUGGUGCAAGUUUUGCCUGAAUAGGUUAUUCUGCAUUCAGAAAUUUCUGAAUUGGCUGCUUGGCAAUCCUUAUGUUAGAAGCGCCCCUCGUUAUGGCACUUACUUGCCAACAUUUGCCUAAACGUGGGCAUGAAGCAUGAUGACUUUUCUGAAAUCAUGUGUUUAAAAAAAAAAACAUCUUCAAGUAUGGACAAGUCCCGUGUUAAGGAUUUCAAGGCUGUGAUCUUGGAAAGGCUGUCAAUAAGCCUUGCAGAAUUAAGUUCAGAUAAGGACUAAGAACUGAUUGCUUGUUAAAUUAUUAUAAAAAUAUCUUUCUUGUAUAUACAAUUUUUCUCUGUUAUUUGUACAUAGCUCAGCUCUCAGUUUUAUAAUCCCUUGGGAAAGGAGGGAGUUGUACAUAUUUAGCCUGCAGUGUUUUAUGCUAGACUUUAAUAAACUUGUUUUGUAAUUUUCCCUCACCUUCUGUCUCCUGUUUGUAACUGCAAGGGGUGGCAAGAAAAGGAGGUGGGAAGCAGUCUAACGUAAGAAUGUGGAACGGGUUGCCCAGGGAAGUUGUGGCUGCCCCAUCCCUGGAGGUGUUGGAUGGGGCCUUGGGCAGCCUGAUCCAGUGGGACAUCCCUGCACAUGGCAGGGGGGUUGGAGCUAGAUGAUCUUUAAGGUCCCUUCCAACCCAAACUAUUCUAUGAUUCUAUAGUGAUGGGUAUCUUUUUAACUUGCUUUCAAGAGCCAGGAAGGAAAAAUGAAACGAAGUUUUGUCUCUUUCAUUUUUAAUACAAGAAACCAGUACUGGCUGCAAGUUAAUCAAAAUACCAUUUAUAUACCAGUAAACUAGGGUCACUCACUUUAAUGUCCCAUAUUAUAGUGGCUAAACGCUUAUUUAACUUGGUUUAAAAAAAAAAAAGUCACUCUUGUAGAAAAGAACAAAAGCAUGCCGCUACUAAGUAAAAGGAGAGAGUAUAUAGAGCACAGCAGUAACAAACAGAUUUAUCCAAAUCCCUCUUAACUUCAACAGGAAACUUGUUCUACAGCAUAUCUAAUUCGCUGCCAAGCAAAGCUGCUGCCCAGUGGCAGUCCUGCGUGGAAGUUUUUGCCAGUGUGAACUGC